UACUUUUGUAUUUCUCAAUCAAUCGUCAAUAUCAAUAUUAAAUAUUCAAGAAUAUGGUAAGUUUAUUUCAGAUAUGACUAUCAGGUUUUCAUUUAGCAAUACGACAAAAAUGUCGUAGCUCCUUAUAGACUAAAAUUCCAAUAAUUUGAAUGAAUUUGAUAUUUAUGCUUUUUUAAUUCUAAAAAAUUUGCUGAUAUGAAUGAUAUUUUCCACUGAUUGUAAUUUGAGGGGUUCGCUAAUCAUUAGUAUCUGUUGUCAGAAUGAGGUCAUCCACAAAAAAUGAACUAGAUUAGUAGAUCGAGAAGUACUAGACUCUUCUCAAAGCCUUAUUCAAUGUUCUUGCCUCAUUUUAACUUCAUUUUUCAAAACAGAACCAUGUACGUCAUCAUCAACACCAACAAUAAUAUCGUCAACCUCAGCAUCAUCAACUUCAACAACAACAUCAACAACAACGUCAUCAACAUCAGUAACUUCGACAACAACUUCAUCGUCAUCAACAUCAAAAACAACUUCAACUUCAACUUCAACAACAACCUCAACAACAACAUCAACAACAACAAGUGCCUGCAAUUUGUUUUUUAAUCAAACUACUUACUCAGCUGUCGCACAGCCAUGGUCAGUAGCAGUCAUCGACGUGAAUAACGAUAAUAAAUCUGAUAUUAUUGUUGCUAACUAUAAUUCGAACAAUGUCGGUGUUCUUCUCAACACAGGCAAUGGCACAUUUAGUGCUCAAACUACUUACCCAGUUGGCACUAACCCAGCAUCAGUAGCAGUCGUUGACGUCAAUAGCGACAGUAAACCUGAUAUUAUUGUUGCAAACUCUGGUUCGAACAACGUUGGUGUUCUUCUCAACAUAGGCAAUGGCACCUUUCAUGCUCAAACUACUUACUCAGCUGGUGGACAGCCAUGGUCAGUAGCAGUCGUCGAUGUCAAUAGCGACAAUAAACCCGAUAUUAUUGUUGCUAACUAUCAUUCGAACAACGUCAGUGUCCUUUUCAACGCAGGCAAUGGUAUUUUUAAUGCUCAAACUACUUACCCAGUUGGUACAGGUCCAUGGUCAGUAGCAGUCGUUGACGUGAAUACUGACAAUAAACCCGAUAUUAUUGUUGCAAACUAUGUUUCGAAUACCGUCAGUGUUCUUCUCAACACAGGCAAUGGCAUCUUUAAUGCUCAAACUCUUUACUCGGUUACCUCUGGUCCAAUAUCAGUAGCAGUCGUUGAUGUGAAUAAUGACAAUAAAUCUGAUAUUAUUGUUGCAAACUUUGAUUCGGCCAACAUCGGCGUUCUUCUCAACGGAGCCAAUGGUACCUUUAAUGCUCAAACUACUUACCCAGUUGGUACUAACCCAGUAUCUGUAGCAGUCGUCGACGUCAAUAGCGACAAUAAACCUGAUAUUAUUGUUGCAAACUUUGGUUCGAACAAUAUCGGUGUUCUUCUCAACGCAGGCAAUGGCACCUUUAAUGCUCAAACAACUUACUCAGUUGGCUUUAACCCAAUAUCAGUAGCCGUCGUCGAUAUGAAUAGCGAUAAUAAACUUGAUAUUACUUAUGCAAACUCUGGUUCGAACAACGUCGGUAUCCUCUUGAAUUCUUAA